UCCGUACAGGAUUCCGGCCGCGGCGCUCUAUUGUCAGUACGACGCACGUGGCGUGCGCUCGAACAGACGUUUCUCCGCGGGCCGACGCCGCUUUCGCCAGUAGCGAAUACGCGCGCACGCUGCCGCGAAAAUAAAAAUAAUCGAGUUGAAAACCGAUGGAAAAUAAAUAACGCGGCCGAUCCCGUCGCAAAAACAGUGCUUUCGUUACGUUUUGUUCGUUCUUUUUGUUCUUUAUUUAUUUGUUUAAUUUUUUUUUUCACGUUUUCUCCGCGACCGAACAUAUUUCCGUCGUCCGUGUCGCGUACAACGUCCGUUUCGGCGACAACAGUGUUUAAAAAAAUAAAAAACAAUAAUAAUAAUAAUGUUUGCGCGCGAAAACGAUUUUUAAACCCAUAAUAAUAGUUAUAAUAAUACCGUAUCUGUUGUGCACGCAUAAUCGCACACUCGUACGUUUAGCGACCGUUUCGUAGACGCGUGUUCUUUGCCGUCAGGUUAUUUUUUUUUUUCGUAUUUGUGUUCCGAGAUCUCGCAACAGCUCGCGGCUCUAAGAUAUUUGGAAUCGCCCGGACGACAAGCGUGUGUAAUCCACGUCAAAUGAGGGUACUGCCGGACCGGCACGAACCGGUGACGGACGGCCGGCACCAUUGGUCGUCGUAACGAGCCGCUGUCCGGAUGCGGCCGGACCGCCGCCCGAAUGCGGGUGAACCGAUGAACAGCCAGCGGGGCGGUAGGAGGCGGUGCAGCACGCGGCUGGCGGCCGUCCACCAUCACCGGCUGCGGUCGAGCAUCACUUAAGGAGCGCACCAACGGUCAGCGGCGGCCGGCCGCUCACGUGCACAUGAUUUCCGCGCUGGACGCGGUCGCGUACGGCAACGACAGCUCGCCGCUACGGGCCGCCAACGGCACGGCCGGCGAUGGCGGCGGCGGCGGCGGUGUAGCAACGCCGUCCAACGACACGACAGGUGUCAUCCAAUUCCUGGACGACGACCUGUCGUUCCCCGGCUACAUACGCACCACGUGCAUGGUGGUGUGCGUCAUCAUACUGGGCGUGGGCGUGGUCGGCAACAUGAUGGUGCCGAUCGUCAUACUCAAGUCGAAGGACAUGCGCAACUCAACCAACAUAUUCCUGAUGAACCUGAGCAUCGCCGACCUGAUGGUGCUGCUCAUCUGCACGCCCACCGUGUUCGUCGAAGUCAACUCCAGACCGGAGACGUGGGUGCUCGGCGAGGAGCUAUGCAAAGCAGUACCGUUCGUCGAGCUCACGGUAGCCCAUGCCUCCGUACUCACCAUACUGGCCAUCAGCUUCGAACGAUAUUACGCCAUUUGCGAACCGCUGCGGGCCGGUUACGUGUGCACCAAGACGAGAGCGAUGAUCAUAUGCCUGCUGGCCUGGGGACUAGCUGCGUUGUUCACUAGCCCGAUGCUAAGGCUGCCCGACUACCACUGGGAGGAGUACGUGGACGGCACCCAGGUACCCGUGUGCCGCACCGAGGCGUCCACCGUGUGGCCCGUGCUGUUCUUCGUCGGCACCAUAUCGGUGUUCUUCGUGGUGCCGCUGGUCGUGUUGUCCGUGCUGUACGUGAUCAUCGCGCGGCACCUGAUGGCCAACCCCGGGCUGGUGGCGCCCAACACCAACCGAGCGGCGCUCCGGUACCGCCGCCAGGUGGUGCUCAUGCUGGGUACCGUGGUCGUAUCGUUCUUCCUGUGCCUGUUGCCGUUCCGCGCGCUCAUCCUGUGGAUCAUCCUGGCGCCGCCCGACUACAACAUCAUGGAGAUGGUGGGCGUGGAGAACUUCUACCUGCUGCUGUUCUUCAGCCGCAUAAUGCUGUACAUCAACUCUGCGCUCAACCCCAUCCUGUACAACCUCAUGUCGUCCAAGUUCCGCGACGGGUUCCGCAGGCUGUGCGGGCUGCGCCGCGGCCCGUGGACGGACCGGCACCUGGGCCGCAAGGGCACGGUGACCACGACGUCGGCGCACGCGGGCGGCGGCGGCACCACCACCACCGGCACGACCACCACCACGACCACCGCGUCGUCCAGCCUGAAAGGUAUCGGUGACGUGACCAGCGGCAGUGACGAGAAGUUGAUGGCCGCGGCCACGGCCAACAUGUACACGCGGAUGAAGCGCAACGGCGUGACCGUCAUCUCGUCGGUCGAGGAACGCGGCCCGGCGGCCGGCGGCAUCAUCAGGCGGUUGAACAUGUCCGCGGCCGCGGAAGUGCUGAAGCUAAGACAGAGGCCGCCGCACGAGAGUUACGUUUGAAGCGGGUGGUGUUAUAAUUUAUAAUGAUAAUUAUUAUUAUUGUUAUUAUUGUUGUUGUUGUUGUUGUUAUUAUUUGUACGUCGACGAGGACACAGUGAUCGUGUGGUGCGGGUGUCGUACGAAAACGUGUUGGUCGCGGAUCCGAGUAAAUAUAUGAACGUGUACUUCGCGGUACAUUUAUCGCGAUGGAUGAAGUACGUUCGCCACGAUCGAAAGCCAUCGAGUGAUAUGUUUAUUUAUUUUUUUUUUUUUUUGAUACGAUACAUAUAGUAUUCAAAAACCGAACGGCACUGUGCUGCAUUCGUAGUGGCCUGGUCGAAGAGGAAGUCGAGUACGGCUAUAUGAGGUGUGAGAUCGAUGACGAUCUUUCUUCGCAAGAUUUCCGGGAAGGGACCAACGGCGCUUUUUUUUUUUUUAUUCGACAUUAAAAUUUAACCAUCGCGCGAAUCGAAUACGUAGUCUGGUGAAAAUGAAUUAUGAAUUACGUGGUACAAAUGAAAUAAAAGUUGUAGUUCCGUUACAAUGGCCGUUUCCCGUUCGACCGCUUGAAAACACGUUGAGGGAGGCUAUAGAAAAGCGUAAACCUUGCGCCCUCGAAUGAAAUCCCAAGGGACGAUUGCCGUUUGCACGCAAUCGUUCCAGCGCGAAUUCAAAUAUCCGGUUUCGUUUUCGUCUGAAAUCUUUUAAGGAACGGUCGCCUCGACGCCUUCCGACGGUACACGACUAGAUCACGGCAAUGUAUCGAAUUCCACGAUAACUCGAGUUCAACAUUUGACCCUUUCGCAGUCAUCUCUGGACGACCGGUAUCUCGCAGAACACCGGUGCCUCACGACCUCACCGACAACAUUGGGCCUACACUCCGAGUUAUUACCACGACGAUCUCAAAACGCGUUCUACAAAACCGACUCCUUCUUUCGAUACCGCCUGUUAGUACGAUACAAAGUUUGCUCGUAUUAUCGUUGGUACACCGAAUGUGCGGUUUUACAAGAUUAAUCGAACCGGCGCGUUAAUCUCGAACCGAUCACCUGUAAACGCCACACGAUCGGGAUUACUUAUAGAUCUCCCCCAUCCCCUCACGUGUGUUCUAGUAUCUGCCACGACGACGUUUUUCGGACGUUCUCGACUUCGGCGUUUUAAGCGUGGUACGCGUCCUCCGGUCGAUGUGAGACGACGGCUUUUCACGAACCGUUCAUUUAAUUUUCCCCUCCCACGAACAACGUGAAAUCCGUCAGGGUUGCCGCGAAACGCGAGAUUCGACAACGAACGUGUGCAAUCGACAUUGUUUUCAAACGUAAUCUUAUGUUCACCUCCACAGUUUGCACGACGGAUUUUCUUUUUUCUCGGCGUUAGACAGUGACAAACAAACUCGCGUGGUACCACGUAUGCCGAACAGGUAUCGUACGAGAUUCGCACUGUCCCGGACCACUCGAAGGGUUUCCCCGGGAUAUGCUAUUACGUAAUAUAUUUACUUGGGGGCAUCGCGGCACACAGGAUCGGUACGGAUCCGCGUACGGAGAAACGAAUAGCGCAAUGUAGUGUUGUAGCAGCCCCAAAAACUCGAAUAGUAUCCCUGUACCCCCGGACACUUGGGCCGUCCGAUUAGUCGUUUUGUCAUCUUUCGUACCCCACGGUAUUUGUUUAGUAUUAGGUAUUUGAAUGCAGUGCCACGAAUUCGUACUGAGUCCGCUGCAUAAUUAUAAACGCAAUAUACAAUAGUCGUUAACCACUGUCUGUUUGCAACGGCAAACGAGUAUACCGCGUUUGGUCAGACGCCCUUAAUACAAGUCCCUCACGCGUAAAUGCGUUUUCCUAAAAGCUUUUAGUUCUGACGUCCGAUCGAAUGUUGUAUAAUAUUUUUUUAUUUUUUUUUAUUUCACGCACAUAUCACGCCGUUACAUAUCUCUGGUUAAACGGGAACGCGCAACCGUUUUUCCUUUUUUCGUGAGCGCAUCAUUAUUCUUUUUUUCUUUUAUACCAUAUACAAAUCACCUCGUAUCUCAAAUCACGCUUCCUAUGACAACCAGAAUACAAAUAUAUUGACGUGAACGACAUUACGCGAUCAGAAAAUUAUGUAACCGCAGUGGCGCGCCUCCGGUUUUAAUUAUACAUAGGAUAGUUUUAGAGGAUUAUAUUUUUAAAUAAUUCGUAGACAAACAAAAGCAAUUUUAGAACUAAAAUCAUAUCUUCGAGUAAUAAUGAAUUUAUCGAAAUCGCCCGGUCUUGUUAUUUUAAAAUCAUAAUAGUUACUAAUAAUAAGUUAACAACAACAAUAGCUAAAUUCUCCUACAAUCUCGUUUAGAAUAACAGAUUAAAAUCGACUUUAAUUUGAUUCGUUUCUGCAGAUAUUUUUUUAAUUAAAUGCACAAUGUGCUUAUGAUAAUUUUCAUUUCUGACAGAUCAUAGUAGUAUAUUAUUUCAAAGAAAUCGGAUACUGUUUAACUGUACAUUAGAUCAACGACAUUAGUUGUAAACAACGCAAUUUUACUGCAUCAAAGCACAUUUAGAAAAAACCAUCCAUACAAAUAAAAUGUACGCUCCUGUGAUAUUUGAUUCUGUUCCGGCAUCUCGGUCGUUUGCCUUUAGACGCUAUAUAACCUAAUAGGGUACACGACCCAACAUGGAAAUGCGAUUUGCCUCUGGUAACACUCCUCCUCCGUCACUGUCACCUGCGAUUAUAAAUAUAACGAGACGAUCGAAUCGUCGUCAACACGAAAAACAUAAAUAUUCCGUCACGUUUCAAAAUACGGGUGUAUUAAAAAUAUUAUAAUUGGAAUAUGCAUUAAAAUACUGAAAACCUUGAUCGUUUUCACUGGAAAAAGUAAAUUACUAUUAAUUAUCAUUUAAUUUUAUCAACGCUCCAGGCUAUCGAUACAAUAAUCACUUUAUAAUAAAUAUUGUUCUGUAGACAAGAAAUGUAUUUUGAUAAAUAAUACAUAUCAUCUUUUUGUAAUUUUUUUCAAUUUUAUUUUUGUACCAGAAACUGCUUGGUCUUUAAUACUUAUGCGAAAAUCAAAUCCGAAUGUUUUAAUAUUCCAAACAUUGUUUAACACCCGUAUUGUUAUCGUUUAAAAAAAAAAAAACGCAUUCCAAAUCCAAUUAGAACAUGAAUUUUCACCACAUUAUUAGCGUUUACAGCGUCGCGAUUUGUAUGGAGGAUACUAAAUUUUACGAUUGUUUCGUACAUUUUUACGGCUAUAAAUGUUAAAGGGAAAAACAAACUGAUUUCCGUGUUCGAUCUGCGGGUCAAAUUCAUCUAGUCGGAUUAGUCUUAGUGUUAGUUUUAUAAAAGGUUCGCGUAAACCAACAGGCACAUACUCGUACGUUUAAAUAGUAGGCGUACCGUAGAAAAAUUUAUGUAGGUGUAUUAUAUUCGUACUCGUUGCUCGGAUUGCGAAGAAGCAAUUGGCAAAACUAUAGAGUACAUCGACUGUUCUAGUAUUACAUAUUCAACGUACCUCUACUGAUAUUUUUAAGUGCAAAGUGUGGAGUGAGGUACGUCAUAAGGUAAUGUAUGAUUAGGAAUAAACGCGUACGUAAUAUGUUAAAAAAAUUAUACAAAUAAUAAUAAUAAUAAUAACGGUAAUGAUAAGAGGUGAAAAGUUACCGGAACAUUACUAUUAAAUUUUAUUUUAUUUUUUUCUAAUCUCUCAGCAAACAACAGUCAUGACUCUAUCGGGUACUAUAUUAUGAUUUUUCUCGAAUUGGACACUGUGUCCCGUGUCUUCGUAAGUUUGAAAUGCAUUUCAAACCUCUCGUGUGCGUAAUACGGAGUCGAUUUAUUAUUUAAAAUACAUAAAUUUACUAUUUAUACAUACAGCGAUUCUGAUUGGCGAAUUUAUCCUGAUCAGCAAAUUCGACACAGCAUUCGCGCCCACCAUAAUAAUUAUGUAUAAUCCACGUCCAGUGCCCACCCAUCGCGUUUCGCGAGCAACUAUUCUUUAUCAUUCCGGAUAAAAUUAAUAUAUGUGUGUGUGUGUGUCUGUGUGUGUAUGUGUGUGUGUGUGUGUGAGUACGCAACUCUAAUAUUACUAUAGUAUCUCACCCGUGUACAUGUUACUUAUAUCCUUUCCAUGACUCUUUCGAGCGUGCACUAUAGUCUAAUAUAUUAUAAUAUAACUUUUAUGUCAAAAUAUGUUACCGUAAGACACAUAUGAUCGCUGGUCAAUAUUAGGUCCAGGUGUUACGUCACAAGUAAAUACUUAGGCCUGUCGAUCGCUAUCAGUCGAAGUGGAAAAUAUUUCGUUUCUCAUCAGAUUUUACGACUGUAACAUUCAGUACACCAUUUUAUUAGCAUGAUGUGUAUACGUUUGUAUAAACCAUGUGGAUAAAUUGCAAUUGCAAAAUGAACGAUCAACGUAAAUAUAUUUUCUUAAACACGAUGAAAUAGAAAAUGUUCUCUGCAUGAAAAUCCUUUGCAGAUAUUGGUAAAUAACGGCAGUACAAUAGUGUAGGCACUUUUGUCAAAAGUUUAACUUUCCCUUUUCCACCAAAUUAUCGAGACCUGUUUUCACCGAAUCAAUUUCAAUAUCACUUACAAGAAUGUGAAUUAUUUUUUUAUAAAUAUGAAAAAUACACUGCCCAUAGAUUGAAAUACUCGUAGAGUCGUAUGAUAUCAAGUCAACAGAUUGUCUUUGAUUUAUCUCAUUUAAUCGCAAAGUACAUACACGAGUAAGCGCACGAGGAAUCUGAUUUGUAUUUCAUUACUUUGUUUAGGUUUAGGAACUAUAAGUAUAUUGAUGUAUUAUAUUACGCUAUAAAGAUACACGAAUGCUUCACCUGUUCUUAAAUUAUUACUAUCGUAUUUUGUUUUAAUGUUAAAACAAGUCAACAAAUUAAAUUCAUUGCAGAAUUCAAUAUGGAUUGAAUUGAGUAUGAACAAAUAUAAUACCGUGCGAAAUACGUUAAAAUAAUGAGUUUUAUAAUUUAAAUUGAUUUGAUGGAAACGGGUAUCGGUGGAAAACGGUAAGGUAUACUUUAGGUGAAAACGUACCCUCCGAUCGUAGUGAUACUGUUCAAUUAUAUUUUAUCAAUUUGUUUUCGCGAUCGAUUCUUCCUCCUUUUACUAAAAAAAAAAAAAUAAAACAAUAUAUAUAUAUAUAAAUUUUGUUCUUAGUAAAAGUUCGAAACCUAUUCAUAUUUUUCGGCUUCGAUUCGUGAUCAGUGCUAUACGGUAACAUGCAUAGAUAGGUACGUUUUUGUAUGUUGUAAUAUAAUUUAUAAGUAACUGUAUACAAUGUUUAAUAUAUACGACACGUCAUCCUAUAUAAAUACAAUAAAUAUUUGUAGUACCGAAACCAAACUAUAAAUAUUAUAAUUAUUAUUAUUAUUAUUAGCUAUUACUACGUUCUCUAUAGUUCCUUAUUGUGUGCAGUACGUGCGCGCAUGCGCGUUUAUAGACAUAAUUUAUAAUGUGUACAAAUUAAUAUACAUUAUUCCAUGUAAACGUAUGUUUUGUACAAUACUUGUAUAGAACGUCGUGGUCGAGCACGACGAAAGCAAAACGUGUGCGGACGAUCAGUGGUCGAUAUUUAGAGCGUACUGUAGUGAUAACGAGACGCGGUGUCCUAUUACGUCGGUCAGGCCGUUAUCAUCUUAUCCGGAUUCAAGAUUUUUUCCUCGAUCCCUCGCCGCGUCAAUUGUUGUCAGUUUUCCUGGAACGCAAAUAAGUUUUCGUUUUUAUCGGAAAAAACGAAUCCGUUCGUUGUUUUCGGAUAUACUUCGCGUGUUUACAACACCGGCGGUGGAGUGUAAAACGUUUCGCACAUACUGUUCAACGUACGAACCCCAAAAGAAUAUUGUACAUCACGCUUUUUCCUUCUACGCGUUCUGUAUUUUUGUUUUACGCUUCGUCGACCACUGACGUUUAGACUACAUAUAUAUAUAUAUAUAAAACAUACAAACGUUCAAUAACGAUCAAUAAAUACACACUACAACAUGUUUUAUAAUUUACCUAUAUAUAAACUUAUAUUUUUUUUAUACGAUUUAUUUUUAA